CCAUACCCUAUGCUAUCAUAUUCCUUUCAAGCAAUUCCAUCCCCUCUUAUCUCUUGACAACCCUACACCACCAGACGCUCGGCAGAGAGAUAGCGAGUCUCGAUAAGUGUGUCCAGCUAGACUCUCUUUGGUGGCAAAAAGGAGAACACGGUGGAGUGAGCAGGAGAGGAGCGAGCUCCCACGUGUACGCAGUAAUUUAAACUUCAGCCAUUUGACAUCCUGGGUCACUCAAUCUGAACUCGGAUCAGAAAGCUGGUGCGAACAUCUCUACAGCAAAGGGACGAUAUAUUGUGCUCUAUUCCAUGAGUAGAAUUACACCCUUCCGCCUCCUUCUUGCGCCCAGUGGUCCGCUUUUGGGACUCCCAACCGUUGUUGUUUCGUCGAGAUGGACACGAUCAAGGAUGAUACGGUCGGUCUGAGCAGCGAUGAGAAUACACUCAUCAGCCUCGGCCACAAGCCAGAGCUGAAGCGGACAUAUAAUUUCUGGAGCUUGAUGGCGUACCAAACCACCAUUCUAUGCUCAUGGAGUUGCAACAUUGUCAUGUUCUACUACAUAUUCACCCUCGGUGGACCGGUUUGCCUUGUCUGGGGAACCGUCGUGGUCACGAUCGGGCAACUCCUCGUCAUGGCUUCACUGGCCGAAUACUGCUCCAUCUGGCCUACCGCAGGAGGUCAACAAUUUUACACCCAGGUUGUUGCCCCCAAGAACUCACGACGCUUCCUAUCGUACCUAGUCGGCUGGUGCGUUCUGGUGGGAGAAAUCUCAACCGCCAGCUCCUGUGCCUUGAACAGUGCAGAAAUUGUGGCGGCUCUCGUUGAGAUCAUACAUCCAAAUGUCGACUGGAAGCCCUACAUGACCUGGCUUAUCUAUACGGGCUUUUUAGUGGCUCCUGCGCUGUCGAAUUUGCUUCCAAAAUAUCUUCCUGCCCUGCAACUCUUUGGUGCAUUCUUCAACAUCUCGAACGCGCUCAUCUGGACAAUUGUUUUUCUGGUACUAGCCGACAAGAACAGCUCCAAAUUUGUCUUCACGGAAUUCCUCAACACGUCAGGCUGGACCUCCAAGGGAUGGGUCUUCAUUCUGAGCAUGUACGUUCCCAUAUACGGUCUCUAUGGAAGUGAUGGUGUGAUGCACUUGGUCGAAGAGAUGAAAAACGCUUCCCGUGAUGCUCCUCGAGUCAUGGUGUGGUCUAUGGUGUGGGCUGGCGUAACUGCCUGGCUUUCGGCCAUCGUUAUGUGCUACACAGUGGGCCCCAACUGGGAAAAUUAUCUCGAAGCCACCUCCUCCUAUGUGGCAUGGUUCAUGGACGUGCUGAACUCGACAUACGGCGGAGGAAUAUGGGUUGCUGUCAUGAUGAUGGGCCUGAACUAUCUGAUCAUUGUCAACAUGAACACCGCCGGGUCACGUCUCGCGUGGUCAAUGGCUCGCGACAGAGCUUUCCCUUACUCGGACUAUUUUGCCCAAGUCAACAAGCGAUUUGAGAUGCCCCUCCGAGCCAUGAUGGCCUUUAUUGUGCUGAACCUCCUCACAGGCCUCCUGGUCCUGGGGAGUUCGCUGGCCUUUUACGCCAUCAUCUCGGGCGGUGGCGUCGCCUUGCAGGUCUCUUACUGCGUGCCGAUCCUUUGCGUGGUUCUGCGAGGUCGUCAUCACCUGCCACCGCGACCCCACUUCGACCUUGGUCGAUGGGGCUACGCCGUCAACAUUGCGGGUUUGCUCUGGAGCAUCAUCGUGGUUCUCUUCUAUGUCUUCCCCCAGUACGUCCCCGUCGUGGGCGAGAUAGCGAACAUGAACUGGGCCAUUGUCAUCCUUGCCGGAGUCGUGGUCUUCGGUGGAGUGUACUGGUUCUGGAAAGGCCGGCACGAGUACCUGAUUUUCAGCAACUCGAUCCUCGACGACAACGUUGUUAUUCACGGAGAAGCGGUCGUCACUGGCCGGGAUGCCGCCGCCACUUUUGGACAAUCUCAGCCCGAAAAGAGACUCGACCUCGAGUGAAUGUGUGUCUGGGAGAAAAGAGCAGGAUCUCAACGGGUGGCACAAUAGAUGGGUUUCUGAGCGAACACGGACUUUUGGGAUUUUCGGGCUCUAACUAGCCUACUUUCAGCGUGGAUGGAAAUGCGAUUAAAAGGGAUGUAAAUUCGGAGGGCUUAUGAGGGUCUUAGGGUCGUUGGCAAAGAAUUGUCAGCGAAAAAUGGAUUGCAGAUAGGAAUUCCUACGAAGAAUGAUGCCUAGAC